AGUAAACAAGGAAGUAAACAGAAGACAUUCGGCCAGUCGCGCUGAAGUUACAUGCGUGGAUCGGAAUCGAUUGAGUUCAUUUAAGGAGGUUAGUCUGGAAAAUAUAUAAAACGUGUAAUUAAAGUAACAAUGUCUUCAGUCGAGCAUCUGAGAGAGUUUGUCAACGAGCGACUAACGGCUGCUGCUGAAGAAAUAUUCGGAGUUUUAAAAAAUACUAUCUUCGAGUACGAGGAAGAGAUAAACCGUCAGCGCAGACUGUUGGAUGUCGUUUGGAAACCUGAAAUAAAAUUACACCGGAUUAAAGAGCUCCCACAGCAACAUGUCUGUAAGAAGGAGGAGGAGGAGGGUCAGAUUCAGGAGAGGAGCUCCAGUCUGGACCAGGAGGAGCCAGAGCCUCCCCAGAUUAAACAGGAACAGGAGGGACUCUGCACCAGUCAGGAGGGAGAGCAGCUCACACUGAAGCAGGAGACUGCCGCCUUUAUGUUGACUCCUACUCAUGAGGAACGCGGCCACGGUGAAGAUCAGACUCUGAACUUGGCUCCUGAUGACGCUCUCGGUGCAGCAGAGGAAGAGUCUGUAGCCAACAUGCCAGUUAUAGCCUCUGUGGUGUCAGAAGCACACAGUGACCCACAGCUCCGCUCUCACAACUCUCAUGAAGCCGAGAAAAUCCCAAAUCGGAAAAUCACAACUCAGAAAGGAGGCAAGAAGAGGAGACGUGAUGCUAUCAAUGUAAACGGCCCUAACUUGUUAAAGAUUCACCGUAUUACUGACACAGGUAAAAAGUCUGUUAAUUGUGACACAUGUGGGAAAGGUUUUAAGUAUAAUUCACUAUUGCAGAGACACAUGAUGAUCCACACAGGUGAGAAGCCGUAUUCUUGCCAAACAUGUGGAAAAGAUUUUCGACAUCAUAGUCACUUGUUGGCCCACAUGAGAACCCACACGGGUGAGAAGCUGUAUUCCUGCAAAACAUGUGGGAGAGCUUUUGUAUGUAGUGGUGUACUGAAAUCCCAUACGAGAAUCCACACAGGCGAGAAGCCGUAUUCUUGCAAAACAUGUAGAAAAGAUUUCAGAACCAAAAGUCAUUUGACAGUCCACACGAGAAUCCACACAGGCGAGAAGCCGUAUUCUUGCAAUACGUGUAGAAAAGAUUUCCGAUUCAAAAGUGAUUUGACAGUCCACAUGAGAAUACACACAGGCGAGAGGCUGUUUCCAUGCGAAACAUGUGGGAGAGCGUUCAAACGCGGUAAUGCAUUGAAAGUCCACAUGAGAACCCACACAGGUGAGAAGCCGUACCCUUGCAAAACAUGUGGAAAAGAUUUCAGAAGUAAUGGGGAUUUGACAGUCCACAUGAGAAUCCACACUGGCGAGAAGCCGUUCACUUGCAAGACCUGCGGGAAAAGAUUCAUUACCAUGUCGGACACGAAUAGGCACAUGAGAAUCCACCAUUUGAACAAACACAAGGAGCCUGCCAUAAAAACGGUUUCUUCCCCUCAGCAAUCAGCCUCACCAACAAGGCCCCGGACCCCCACUGUCAUUGAACCUUAAUCCUACAUCCUGUCCUCUGCACAUUUUAUGUAUCUUAUAACGUAUUCCCUGUUAUAUAUUGUUCUUAAGGUAUAUUAUUUCUUUUCUUGUUUGUCAAGCAGUCCUAUUAUGCUUACAUUCUUGUCUUUUCAUAGUCAUAGUUAAUAUUUGAUAAUAAGCUAUUGCACUGUUCAAUCCCUGCACUGUUGACUUUUGCACUACACACUCUACCAUAACACCUUAUAAUGGUCAUUGCAUCACAUGGUCAGUCCAUACCAGACCUUAAAUUGUUAACUCUUUAAAUUUCUGUGAGUGAUUUUUAUGUAUGUGAG